GAGAUGGAAUCUCCCAGUCUGAACCGGUUUCAACCGGUUGUGAGUUAGUUGCUUGAGAGAGGAGAGGAGGCGCAGGCACCACAACCUUUAUACCGCCCCGCCGGAAAAAUCACAAGAGUAACGAAUUAAUAAGUGAAUCAAGGUUUUACUUUUAUUUUUUCGUAAAAUGUAUCGGAAAGGAAGCUCGCUCGGUUUUCCGUAACUGUAGUUUUGGGAAUCUAACAUUCUUAGCAGCUAGGCAUCAUUCGCUGCUGGAGCUGGAUUUAGUCAACGCUGAAACAGCAGCAAAAAUAGGAAAUCUUUCCAAAUUAACAGUGAAGUGCCUCACUGUUAACCUUGUAGCUUCUUUUGGCAAACGCCGCUCUUUUGAGUCAGAGCCUUGGACUUUUAGAACUCUAUGCCAGCAGUUAUGACAAUGUUGGCAGACCAUGCAGCACAACAGCUGCUGGACUUCAACCAGAAAUUGGAUAUCAACUUGCUGGAUAAUGUUGUGAACUGCCUAUAUCAUGGCGUGGGACCUCAGCAAAGAAUGGCGCAGGAAGUGUUGACACACUUAAAAGAGCAUCCAGAUGCGUGGACAAGAGUGGACACCAUCCUGGAGUUCUCGCAAAACAUGAACACCAAAUACUAUGCUCUUCAGAUACUGGAAACAGUUAUCAAAACAAGAUGGAAGAUUCUGCCCCGAAAUCAAUGUGAAGGUAUAAAAAAGUAUGUUGUUGGGCUCAUUAUUAAGACUUCGUCGGAUGCUUCAAGUGUAGAGAAAGAGAAAGUAUACAUUGGAAAGCUGAACAUGAUCCUGGUUCAGAUCCUGAAGCAGGAGUGGCCCAAACACUGGCCCACGUUUAUCAGUGACAUUGUAGGCGCCAGCCGCACCAGCGAGAGCCUCUGUCAGAACAACAUGGUCAUCCUGAAGCUGCUCAGCGAGGAAGUCUUUGACUUUUCCAGCGGACAGAUGACCCAGGUCAAGGCAAAGCACCUGAAAGACAGCAUGUGCAAUGAAUUCUCCCAGAUUUUCCAGCUUUGCCAGUUUGUCAUGGAAAACUCCCAGAAUGCCCCUUUGGUCCACGCUACCCUGGAGACGCUCCUGCGUUUCCUCAACUGGAUCCCGUUGGGAUACAUCUUUGAAACCAAACUAAUCAGCACGUUGGUGUAUAAGUUCCUGAACGUUCCCAUGUUCCGAAACGUGACGCUAAAGUGCCUGACGGAGAUCGCCGGCGUGAGCGUGAGCCAGUACGAGGAGCAGUUUGUUACCCUCUUCACUCUGACCAUGUGUCAGCUCAAACAGAUGCUGCCGCUGAACACCAACAUCCGGCUGGCCUACGCCAACGGGAAAGACGACGAGCAGAACUUCAUCCAGAACCUCAGCCUGUUUCUGUGCACGUUCCUCAAAGAGCACGGGCAGCUCAUCGAGAAGCGGCUCAACCUCAGAGAGACACUAAUGGAGGCGCUCCACUACAUGCUCCUGGUGUCGGAGGUCGAAGAGACCGAGAUCUUUAAAAUUUGUUUGGAGUAUUGGAACCACCUGGCUGCUGAACUUUACAGAGAAAGUCCGUUCUCCACGUCUACGUCCCCUCUGCUCUCCGGCAACCAGCACUUUGACGUGCCACCUCGCAGACAACUCUAUCUCCCCGUUCUCUCCAAGGUGCGUCUCCUGAUGGUGAGUCGGAUGGCCAAGCCGGAGGAGGUGCUGGUGGUGGAGAACGACCAGGGGGAGGUGGUCCGGGAGUUCAUGAAGGACACGGAUUCCAUCAACCUCUACAAGAACAUGAGGGAAACCCUCGUUUACCUGACUCACUUGGAUUACGCGGACACAGAGCGCAUCAUGACAGAGAAGCUUCACAACCAGGUGAAUGGGUCCGAAUGGUCCUGGAAGAACCUCAACACGUUGUGCUGGGCCAUCGGGUCCAUCAGCGGCGCCAUGCACGAGGAGGACGAGAAGCGAUUCCUCGUUACUGUCAUUAAGGAUCUGUUGGGUCUGUGUGAGCAGAAGAGAGGAAAAGACAACAAGGCCAUCAUCGCCUCCAACAUCAUGUACAUCGUCGGCCAGUAUCCCCGUUUCCUCAGAGCUCACUGGAAGUUCCUUAAAACCGUCGUCAACAAGCUGUUUGAGUUCAUGCACGAGACCCAUGAUGGCGUCCAGGACAUGGCGUGCGACACCUUCAUCAAGAUAGCGCAGAAGUGCCGACGCCACUUCAUCCAGGUCCAGGUGGGCGAGGUGAUGCCGUUCAUCGACGAGAUCCUGAACAACAUCAACACCAUCAUCUGCGACCUCCAGCCGCAGCAGGUUCACACGUUUUACGAGGCGGUGGGUUAUAUGAUCGGAGCCCAGACGGACCAGGCGGUCCAGGAGCAUUUGAUAGAAAAGUACAUGCUGCUGCCCAACCAGGUGUGGGACAGCAUCAUCCAGCAGGCCACUAAGAACGUCGACAUCCUGAAGGACCCGGAGACGGUGAAGCAGCUGGGCAGCAUCCUGAAGACCAACGUCCGGGCCUGCAAGGCCGUGGGUCACCCGUUCGUCAUCCAGCUGGGCCGGAUCUACCUGGACAUGCUCAACGUCUACAAGUGCCUCAGCGAGAACAUCUCUGCCGCCAUUCAGACCAACGGUAUGGGUGAGAUGGUGACGAAGCAGCCGCUGAUCCGGAGCAUGAGGACGGUGAAACGAGAAACGCUGAAACUGAUCUCCGGCUGGGUUAGCCGAUCAAACGACCCGCAGAUGGUUGGAGAAAACUUCGUGCCGCCCCUCCUGGACGCCGUCCUCAUCGACUAUCAGCGCAACGUCCCGGCGGCCCGAGAGCCCGAGGUUCUCAGCACAAUGGCAACCAUCGUCAACAAGCUGGGAGGCCACAUCACCAGCGAGAUCCCGCAGAUCUUUGACGCCGUGUUUGAGUGCACGCUAAACAUGAUCAACAAGAACUUUGAGGAGUAUCCAGAACACAGAACCCACUUCUUCUACUUGCUGCAAGCAGUCAACUCUCACUGCUUCCCAGCAUUCCUCGCCAUCCCCCCCGCCCAGUUUAAACUGGUGCUGGACUCCAUCAUCUGGGCCUUCAAACACACCAUGAGGAACGUGGCCGACACCGGUCUGCAGAUUCUCUACACGAUGCUGCAGAACGUGGCGCAGGAGGAAGCCGCAGCGCAGAGCUUCUACCAGACGUACUUCUGCGACAUCCUGCAGCACAUUUUCUCCGUGGUCACUGACACGUCGCACACCGCCGGUCUGACGAUGCACGCGUCCAUCCUGGCUUAUAUGUUCAACCUGGUGGAGGAAGGGAAGAUCACGGUGGCUCUGAACCCCGGCAGUCCCACCAACAACCAGGUGUUCAUCCAGGAGUACGUGGCCAACCUGCUGAAGACGGCGUUCCCCCACCUACAGGACGCUCAGGUGAAGGUGUUUGUGACGGGGCUGUUCAGUUUAAACCAGGACAUUCCUGCGUUCAAGGAGCACCUGAGGGACUUCCUGGUGCAGAUAAAGGAGUUUGCAGGCGAGGACACCUCGGACCUGUUCCUGGAGGAGAGGGAAGCGUCGCUCCGUCAGGCCCAGGAGGAGAAACACAAGAUCCAGAUGUCGGUACCGGGCAUCCUGAACCCCCACGAGAUCCCGGAGGAGAUGUGUGACUGAGCUGCAGUUCCGGCAAAACUUGUACAGUAUCCAAACAACAAAAACAACAAACCCCCGAUCACAACAAAACCUAAGAGAGGCACUGGGUGGCGUACGGUGGGAGUUAGCCCC